AUGAUUCCUUCUUUGCCAUUAAAGGAGGUUCGAAAAGAUCAAGAAAGUUUGCGAGAGAAGAUGCAAGAGGCUGAAAGCCUUAAAAGAGCUAAAGGAAAAGAAAUAUCCACAGAGGAAAAGAGAGAGUCUACUGCUAAGGGUUCCAACAUCCUUCUUUCACUUACCGAUUUUCAGAGAGAAGUUGGUGACCUAGAUCAUCAAAAGGGGGGUUGUUUUAUGUUGUUAUGCAAAGAUUUAUUUCAUUCUGAUAAAGAUAAUCUACUCACUAAUUUUCCCAUUCCCUGUGCUAGGAUGCUUGAAGAGAUGAAGGAUGUAUACCUGGAGGAACUACCCCAAGGACUACCGCCUAUUCGUGGGAUAGAGCAUCAAAUUGACUUCGUACCCGGUGCUUCGAUCCCAAAUCGUCCUGCGUAUCGGUGCAACCCAGAUGAGAAUAAGGAGAUUCAAAAACAAGUCCAAGAAAUUCUUGAGAAGGGAUGGGUUCGGGAGAGCUUAUGA